AUGGGUGUUCCAUUAGGAAGACAUUAUCUCUUCCUCACUACUUUCCUUUUCGUCAAGCCGAUUCUGAUUCGGAGCCUUCUCAGUCACAUAUCUCUUCUCUGUUUCUCUGGAAUUCCGGCGAACAUAGAGUCUGAUCGAAAGAGGAAGAAGUCUCCAGUGGUGCCGGCGGAGCAGAAGGAGAAGCAUAAGCCACAUUUGAACAAGACGAAGAAGAUGUCAUACUGUGGCAAUAGCCACGGUGGUGAUGGAGGUGAGCUGAUUCUGAUUCGGAGCCCUCUCAGUGACACAUCUCUUCUCACUCUCUCUGAAAUUCCGGCGAAGAUAGACUCCGAUCGGAAGAGGAAGAAGUGUCCGGUAGUGCCGAUGGAGCAGAAGGAGAAGCAUAAGCAGCAUUUGAAUAAUACGAACAAGAUGUCGUACUGUAGCAGCAGCGACGGUCUUGAUGGAGGGAGUCAAGUAGAGGAUAUAGCAACUAAAGAUAGUGGAUAUAACAGAGUAGUAGAAGAGAAUGGGAAAUUAUUUAACAUGGUUCAAGAUCUGAAAGGUAAUAUUCGAGUUUACUGCAAAAUCAGACCCACAUUCCAGGCUAAAUCCAAGAAUAUUAUUGAUUUCAUUGGGGAGGAUGGUUCUGUAUUCAGUUUAGAUCCAUCCAAAACAUUGAAAGAUGGAAGGAAACUUUUUCACUUCAGUCGGGACAUAGACCCGUUAAUUAGAUCCGUGAUGGAUGGAUAUAAUGUUUGUAUUUUCGCAUAUGGUGAAACUAGAUCUAGGAAGACAUACACCAUGUGUCCAUCAGGUGGAACCUUUAAGGAUAUGUGGAUCAAUUAUCUCCCUCUUAACUAUUUGUUUCGAAUGUGUAAUGACAGGAAAAACAUUAUGACAUAUGACAUUUAUGUUCAAAUGGUUGAGAUUUACAAUGAACAAUUUAGAAACCUACUUGCUAAGGACGAAACAGAUAAUAAAUUAGAGAUUAGGAGCUGUAAUGAUGAUCAAUUGAGUCUUCUUGAUGCUACAUUUCGUCCGGUGACAUCUACAAGUGAUGUUUUGACCCUGAUGAAACUCGGUGAGGUCAACUGUGCUGUCAGUUCUACUGCACUGAACAAUAGGAGUAGUUGUUCCCACGGGUAA